AUGGGUUGGUCCAAGUCUGAAGAUUCGCUUCAGUUGGAGAAAUCGCGGAAGCCAAAGGCCACACCAUUCAAUCAACAACGCUUAAAAGCUUGGAAGCCAAUUUUGACACCGAAGUCAUCCAUCAAAAUUUUCCUUUCGCUUGGUGUCGUCUGCUUGUCUCUGGGAAUAUUCUGGCUAGUACAAAAUGACAACAUACGAGAGAUGCGGAUAGACUACACAAAAUGCGAUGAGAUCGAAUCCUACAACGAGCUUGAAGUUAUGCCACCAGACAACGUCCAAAAACGCUUCAAGGCUUCAUCAGCGGGUCAGCCCGUGGAUCAGUGGAAAAGAUCGAAUCAGUCAAUUACUUUCGACGGAGUUACCAAGAACUAUACUCUUUGCACGAUAGAGUUUUUCCUACCUGAAGACUUGCAGCCCCCCGUUCUGUACUACUAUCGGCUCACGAAUUUCCACCAAAAUCACCGUCUCUAUAUCAACUCUCUUCAUAAGAACCAACUAAAGGGCGACGCGGUCUCCUUGAGUAGCAUCAAGAGCUCAGAUUGCGCCCCCGUGGCAUCAAGAAGCGCUCCCGGGAGUGCAGAUGAGAAAAUUGUCUACCCUUGUGGCAUGAUAGCCAACUCGUACUUCAACGACACUUUCAAGAACCCGCUGCGCAUACCGAAUGGCACAAACCGAACCGUUUCAUACAACAUGACAUCAGUCGGUAUCGCCAAGAGUGUUGAAAAGGGACUAUAUCAACCGAGCAAAUACCAAGUACCGGUUACCGCCCAGUCCAAUGACAGCGUCAUCGUACCCCCGCCAGGUUGGGCAGAAAGGUACCCCAAUGGUUAUCAUUCAGGCAACAUGUUCAAUCCAGCAGAAGAUGAAUCAUUCAUGGUGUGGAUGAGAACAUCUGCUGGCUCAUCGCUCAGCAAGAUGGCUAUGCACAACAAAGACGAAGUGAUGGAGAGAGGCAUCUAUCGCCUUGAUGUUGUUUCCCGUAAGUUUUACACAUCAAACCCUGAUGCCUAUGAUAGGACUUAA